UCGCUCUCGGGCACGCGUUCUUGCGCUUCGACAGCGGCACGAUCGGGCUCAAUCUACAGUGAGGGCUCGCCGUUGCCGGACGUGCAUGGUGCGUGCGCGUGUAUGUGUGCCCGGGAACGUAAGCAAGCGAAAGUCGUGUGUGCGCGCGCGUUUCGGCAAAUUCCUGCAAAAAAAAAAAAAACACACACACACAAGCGUGACAGUUUGCGCACAGUUCUACCGAGCGCGUGCGCCCGUUUGUGUGUAUUUCGGCGAAAGCAAAGGUGUUGGUGUGCACUAUUAGCUGAUGGCAGACGAACGACCGUUACUUUGCCAAAACACGUGAACACAGGUGCAGGUGCGUUUAUGUGUGUUUGUCUGUGUUGGUUUGUGUGAGUGUGUGGGAUUGUUUGUUCUAAGUAGAGGAUGGGCGGACGGAAAAUCGAUAGCGCAGCCGAAGGAUUCUAAGCUGGCAAGGGUAGAAAGUACGUGUGCAAUAACGAGGAAAGUGGAUGUGCGUGUGUGUGUGUGUGAGUGCGUGCAGUGAACAAUCCAGCAGUGAACAAGUGAAGCUAGAAGAAAGGAAGAAGAAAGAAAAGCAAGAAAGAAAGAAACAAAGGGGGGGGAAAAGAUUCGUAACAAGUGUCGCUCAGCUUCUGUCGUGGCUUCCACAUUACACAUAUCACGGCGACAACGGUGUGCGAGAUAGUAAACAAACGUCAUCACCAUCAUCUUCAACCUGUGCGCUGCCUCCCCCCGGCAGCUUCCCAACUCCCAUCCCGGGAGGAUGGAGGCGACGAGCAUCGAUCAACGCCGAGGCAGCGUGUCGCUCGAUUCGGCAGUGCAUCUAGCAAUUAGCAUCAAUCAAUAAGUUGCCAUUACAUGCACACACACACACUCGCACGCAAACACGCGGUAGCGCAACGAGCGGAGAGUUGGCGGCAGCUGCUAGCCUGCGUGUCAAAUUCGUGACCCCGCUGCUCUCCUGUACCAUUUGUUGGACGUGAGCAGUGCCGGCGACAAACCGUAUUUGAUCAAACUUUAUACCUCGCCCCUUCUUCCUUGCGUCCUUGCGGUGUUAUGCGAGCCGGGCUACCGCCCCCUCCCCCGGUGGUGCACGAGCGGCGGCAAAAAUGGUCCCACCAGUAGCGAGCAGCAGCAGCAGCCGGUCGCCACGGACGUUUGACGCAGCUCGUAGCACAGCCCGGGACCGGGCCGGCAGCAGCAGCAGCAGCAGUGUGGGCGGCGGUGUGGGCCGAAGCCUAGAACGAUGCGCUGUGUGAGGCAGGCGGGAAGAUGAAGCAAAUGUAAAGAGUGUGUGUGUGUGUGUGUGAAAGUGAAAGUUACAAAAUUAUAACAAAAAAAAACGACAAAAGCUACUAUCAAAAAAUAGUUUUGCGAAGAGAACAUUUUUUUUGCAGCAGCAGCAGCAGGGCGACGACGACCGUGAAGGCGGGGGCGUUUUCCCCCUCACCCACAAUCAACCAAACGCUUGAAGAAGAAGAAGUAUAAAAUUAAAGAAAAAAACGCCAACAAAAAGCCAUCUCCAACUCAAACUGCCGAGUUGUGCCGUGGGAGGGGACAUCAUGCUGUCGGCGGUGGAAAACCUGGGCCCUUCCGGGCCGGGCCGUGUCCCACCGUACCCGCGGCACCAUCCGCAAAACCACCACCAGCUGCCGCACCCGGGGCAGCAGCAUCUGCCGUACCAUCCGCUGCACUCGCUGCUGUCGCCGACCUCGCUCGGCCAGCUGCAUCUGCCGCCGCUGCUGAGCGCCCAGACGCCGCUGCAGCCGCCGCCCCAUCCCAUGUCCUCGGUGGGCGGCGAGUUUGUGCGGCCCUACCCCAAGCAACGGUACGACGACAACCGUGGCUUCAGCAUACCGUCCGCGCUGACGGCCGAGCGGCGGCUCAAGUACGGCGAUCCGCCACCGCCAGCACCGGCCGUGCCGAGUUCGUCCAGCGCCCCCGCCCACACCCAAGCUGGCCCGAUCAAUCUGGCGGUGAGUAGUGGUGGUGGCGGUGGCAACACCAGCAACACCAGCGGAAGUGGAGGUAGUGGCAGCGGCGGAAGCGUAGACGAAUUUGUCGGUGGUGGCGGGGGCUUCCCCCCCUACCUGCCGCACUAUCAGCCGUCCAAUGCGCAGGAAGCGGGCAAUGGUUCCCGGUUUUCGCCCGGCGCAAAUGCUCCACCGGCCGUCGCUGCCUACCAGCAGAAGUAUCAACAGGAACAGCAACAGCAACAAAAAUACCAACAGGAACAACAACAACAACAACAGCAGCAGCAGCAAAUGCUACAAUUUCUUGGAGCUCAGCAACAACAACAGCAGCAGCAACAGCAGCAGCAACAACAACAACAACAGCAACAGCAGCAGCAACAACAGCAACAGCAAGCGAACGGAAACCGGAUGCUUUGCUUUCCCGGCAUGCCGUCACUAGACGUGUUUGUCGGCUAUCCGGGCCUCAACUACGAGAUGUAUCCGUACAGCCGCGUUCAUGGACGGUCCAACUAUUUACCAAACCAGCGACCGCUGGAACCGCGCUACACGUCCGCCGGUACCGCUGCCUCCUUUUUGCCACCUCCCCGUCCAACGCCUCCGUCGGCGGAUGCUGGUGCGGCGAGUACUGCGCCGGCCGCCGGAAGCCGCCUACCGAAACCGGCCGCCGCACCGAUCGGCAUCAAACCGAACCGAUGGCUGAUGCCAUCGACGGCACCGUCGCCACCGGCCGCGCCGGCCACCAUCAGCUCGUCGCAGCAUGCCGCCGCCGUAGCAGCAGCAGCAAGUGCCGCACCGCUCAGCGCGGGUGUCGAUUCGCUUGUCGCUUCGUAUCGGGCGCUCAAUUCGGCCCACCUGCCGCAUGGCAUGGGUGGCUACCACCAGCAUCGGCUUUGGGCCGAAUCGCUGUCAGCGCAGCAAACCUACCUGACUGAUCUGCCACCACCGCCACCACCACCACCACCGAUCGGUGAGGAGGGGAAGGGACUGCCCAGCCGGCUGUACCAUCCGGCACUGCUCGCGCACGACGCGCAGAUGACGCAUAUCGCUGCCUCGCUGCAGGACUCGUUCAUGGCUUCCCGGCAGCAGCAGCAGCAACAGCAGCAGCAGCGCCAUCGCGCCAAGUGUGCCAACGGUGUACCGUCCAGCACUGCCACUGCCAGCAGCAACAGCAGCAGCAGCCACCAGCCGACGGUCAGUGGUACUGGACCGGUGCGGCCCGAAUUUAAGGUGCCGAUCGGGGCGGAGAAACAGCCGCCGCCGCCGCCCCGUGCAGGAGGAGGACUGGUGCGAGUCGAGCCGCAGCUAGCGAUCGGUCCCGGACCGUCCUACACCCUUGGGCCGGGGGGAGAUGGGCUGAGCCGUGGCAGCAGUCAACGCGGCCACUACGAAGCCAAGGCACACGACAUGCCGGAAGAUGCAGCCGCCCAGCAGCACAUACUGCACACGACGGUGGUGAGGCCAAAAAUGUUCCUGCGCGGCUCGAUGAUUUCGUUCCAGAACGGGGUGAAGAAACCGGUAGAGGAGGUGCGGCUGGAGGACUUUCUGCGCACCGCCGCCAUCUCGCCGGACGUGCGGCUGACCGAGGCGCAGACGCGCCGCAUCACGCCCCGCUACAGCAGCGGCGGUGGCGACGGUGGCCCGGGCGAGCCGUGCAAAAAGAUUCUCGUCCGCUUCACCUACGACCAGCAGCAGCGUUACAGUGCGCUCGAGACGACGAUCGACUAUCCGUUCUUCGUCACUACGAAGGGCUGGGCAUCGUACAGCCCGGACCGGACGUUCGCCAACUACGGGCUGGAGUGUGCCCGGAUCGAGCUCGGGGACGUGUUUAUCGUGCUCGUGCCGCGCCACCAGUCCGGCGAGCGCCAGCUGCUACUCGAAGAGGAAGAGGAGGAGGAGCAGCGGGAGGAGGUGCAGAAGGAGCAGGAGGACGAGAUGGUGGUGGAGGAGCAGGACGAUGGGCCCGAGCGGCUGGUCAACAUGUUUUCGCUCAAAGCGGUAGAGCAGCAGCAGCAGCAGCAGCAGCAGCAAAGUGCGGGCCAGCACCAUCACCCUUACCACCAGCACCACUUCCAUCGGCACCACCGGCAGCAGGAAGAGACGAUCACCACCAGCAGCAACAGCAGCAGCCCGCCGAUUCUGAUCGACGACGAGCCGUGCCGGGACUGGCUGACGGCUGGCGUAGGCUCAGCGCCGCCACAGCCCGUCGGGUACGCCGCCGGUGGCAGCAAGCGCCGCCCGGACAGCCAGCGCCGUGGCUCGGCCAAGCGCAAGCUGGCGGAGCAGCACGGGCCGCCGGGCAGCAGUGCUGGCGGUGGUGACAGUCACCACCACCCCACCGAUCGGAAGCGUCGCACCGCCAGCAGCGACUCGAUGGAGUAGCCUUCCCAGCGCGCAGUGUAAUAUUAAGCAGUAGGGCGGCCUUAGCGUGCUGAAAUGCUGCGCCGAACAAGCGGGAAAACAAGAGCUAGAUUUAACAGCAACAAUUGUUAAGAAAAAUGGGAGGGGGAAACAAAGGGAAAACUUUUUAAAAGUACCGCACUAAUCGAUUUGCAAGUGGCAGCGCAGCGACAACAGAGCACACACACAGAGAGAGCGUGCGUGAUUUGCUCGGUUUUACAGGUGUUUGUAGAGGAAGCUAAGCUGGGAAGGAAAUCCAUCCACGUGGGGCAGCAUACUGCUUGGGGGUGUGGUGGUGUUGUAUAUUAGUUUGUUUUUUUGCCCCAUAGGGUAUUUUGUAAGAGGCAUUAACCGAGAAUGACUGCCAUUUAGUGAUUUUCUUUAAACGUCUUCAUUUGUUAAUCUAAUCCCUUUUUGGCGGGAGAAUGAAAGGUCCAACAAAGAGGAGGAAAGCAAGGAGCACCAAUUCGCUAGCCAAACAAGAAAGGAGGAGGAAGAGUAGGAACGGGGGGAUGGUCUCCGAAAAGACUGAUUUAACCACACGCACACACGGCUGCGGUGGUGUAGAGGUUUCUCGCGCACGGUUUCACGAACAACGCUUUCAAGCGCAAACAACGCACAUACACACACACGCGCGCGCGCGCAGGAAAACAACAUGCUGCAGCAUCUCCGGCACUUUUGCUGCUGGAAAGCAGCAACAUUUUUGAAUCUCUUGGCUGCGCACCGCGCAACGCGUUAGGAGCGAGCGAGCGUUAGGAGCGAGCGACUCAAACAAAACAAAAUAUUCAAUUGGUAUUGCGCCGAGGAGAAGGGAGGAGACGCGCGCGUACCUGUGAUAUGCUUACCGGGCCCCUCUUGCGCCUCCACACGUAUAGCUAUACAUAUAUGUACGUCUAUGUAUGUCGGUUUCCCGUCCACUUAGCAGCUAGUGCGCGCGUUGUUUGAAGCUUAUCGAAAACGAAAAAAAAACAGGAAAACCAAACACUCCUCCAUAUGAUAUAGGCCACAGAACACACACACACACGCACUCGUUGUUUACACUUUUCUGUCACAUUUUGCAUUACUUUUCUUUUUUUUAAUUAUCCCAUUUUUUUAAUUUUUUCAGUCUUUUUGUUAUUGUUUUGCUAGAAAAAGAUACGAUGAAUUUUGCAUUGGAGAAGAUUGAAUUAAUAACCAUGAAUUG